AUGAGCGAGAGCGACCUGUCCGACUUCCCGCAGCAAUUGUCGGUGCAGUCAUGGAUAUUAUACGGCACCGGCAUGGUCAUGAUCCUACUCCGCACAUACGCGCGAUGGCAUCGAGUCAGAAGCCUAAACGCCUUUGCAGUAGAUGACUGGAUCAUGGCAACGGCCGUACCAAUCUUCUACACUGGGCUGAUUGUAUGCUUGAACACAAUCGCAACAGGAGGUGGAAGUAACCUCUUCCCACCAGAGCUGUUUUCUACGUUCGCUCAAGCCGAGAUCGAUGAGCGAAUCAAAGGAUCGAAGAUCGUCGUCGUUUCCGAGCAAUGUAUGCUGAACGUUAUAUGGUCCUUGAAAGCAUGUAUGCUGUUCAUGUUUGCUCGUAUGCUGACCGGAACAACGAAUAUGAAGUGGAUCAAAGCGGCUGCACUAUGGGUCGUUAUCGGCUGGUUCGCUGUCCAGAUUACUUUCUUCAGUGCGUGUCGCCCAUUCGUAGGAUACUGGGCAGUGCCGCCCCCAAAUCCGCAAUGCACGACCCUUGAGCACUUUGCGAUAGUACAGGCAACUUUCAACAUAAGCAGCGAUGUCCUCAUCAUCGCUGUGCCGAUACCGAUGAUCAUGUCGCUUUCACUUCCUCUGAAACAGAAGGUUGUGCUAGGCAUACUAUUCAGCAUGGGUAUUUUUGUUGUACGUUCCUCCCUCCUGUCAACUCACGUUUCUUCUUACUGA